AUGCGUCGAUUGUUGUGUUUCUUAUUUGCCGUGGCUGUAAAUUGUGUCUCGCAUUGUGACACAGAGCCUUUGUCACUUCCCAUCCGCGAUGUUCAGGUUCUUCCCAAUGUCGAAAAAUCUCUCAUGAGAGGAAUCCCAGCAACUAUUGGUUCACCAAGUCAAAGCAUUGUGCUUCUACCCUGGGCAGAGUUGAAUAACACUUGGAUCUACGAUGACCAACCCUACUGCGACAAAACAGUUAUAUGGAAUGACAGAAUCUGCGAAACCAGAAGAGGUGGACUUUACGACGAGGCAGAGUCUGAAUAUUUCACAAAAGCUAGUGAUAUUGGUGAUGCAGGAGGCUCGACAAGUGAAGUAGCAUUUCAAGGUGCAGAAUCAGGAAUAAAGAAACUCGUCUCCACCAGUCUUGCCGGCACCGACAACAUCACCUUAGAGGGAGCACCAGCAGUUGAAGAUCUUCCAAUUGGCAUACCGCGUCUUAAAUGGGAUGCCGGUUAUACGAUGCUCCAUCCGCUUGGUCUUGGUUCCAAUUCAACAUAUCUCAACACUCUUAAAGAUGCUGGGAAAAUAAGUUCCAGGGUCUGGUCAAUCUUUUGGGGAAGGAUGUGGGUAAAGACUCCCAUUGAUGGUUCACUGGUACUGGGAGGAUACGAUGAGGAAAAGGUAAUUGGAAAGAAUUACACGGCACCUCUUGUCUAUGAUGAUUAUACAGGCACCGCAGGUUGUUGGACUGGGAUGAAGAUUACUAUAUCCGAUAUCAGAGUCAACUUCCGCGAUGGAUCUGAUGAGAGCAUCUUUCCGUCCAACACAGCUCUGCCAUGUUGCAUUGUACCUCAAAGACAGCUUCUUCUUGAGGCGCCUGGUGCAUAUGUCUCUAGAUUUGAAGAGGUGACUGGUAGCAACCACACCGAUACUUCGUAUGGCCUCCACUGGUCAGCCCGUCUAUUUGACGCCGAUGACGCCUUUGACGGCGAUAUUACUUUCCAUCUUGACUCUGGUCUUCAAGUCAGGGUACCCAAUAAUCAAUACAUCGUCCCUUUCGUCGAUAUUGAUAGAAGUGGCGCUCGAGUCACAAAGCCAAAAACAAAGGAGUUAUUGAUGAAUGGCGUUGCACACCAACCGGCUACCCUCGGACGAUACUUUCUUACCGCCGCAUAUCUGAUGGUGAAUCACGAUGCAGGAACUUUCACCCUCUGGCAAGGCAAUCCUACUCAAAGAAGCAAGUUGAUAAAGGUAUUCGAUCAAGACACUGCCGACAAAUGUGGCAAGGACGCCGCUGGUAUAGUGCAGCCAACAGUCAGCGCAACCCCAAAAGAAGAAAAGGAGGAAGAGUCAACAGAUCAACCGGAAUCAUCGUCAACUCCCUCGGCAGCGAUCAUUAGUGGCGCAGUAGCUGGUAGUGUGGUUGGAGUGGCAGUGAUUUGUCUGGGAGUAUUCUUCAUCUUCAGACAAAGGAGAAAGGCCAGAGCGGAGAAGUCAUUUCCGACUGACGUACAUGUACGCGAUUACAAGGGAGACUUUCAAGCAUGGUAUCCUCCUCAAGAGAUGGCAGGAUCUAAACCAAUUCCCGCAGAGAUACAAGGGCAGUCACAUUUUGUAUAUGAGUUGGAUGGUGGUGCCCGCAAAUCCCGACUACGAGCGGAUUAA